CGCAUGACAGUUCAUCUGAGAAGUCCUUCUUAAGCUUUUUAUCCACUCCCCUUGUAUCCGCGAUGGGUGGAUUUUGCACCAGGGCUCGUUGAAAUGGUUCCACGCCUUAUCCAGUGUCGGCCUUGCGCACCUCGUCCUUGGCCGUGACCAAUUCAAGUUGCAACUGUGUGGCACAUAGGCUAAACGCACAAGAUUCCCGUCCCCUUUGGAGUAGCCCCGAUGACUAUGAAUCCCCUCGGCACUAGCCUGAGAAAGCUUGGCAUCACCAAAAAGCACAAGGUGGUAGCUACAGCAGCGGCCGUUGGCACAGGCUUGGCUGUGUGCGCUUGGAGAGCUGGUGAGCAUGGCGAAACAAGCAGAACGAAGGACGGCAUCCGACGCCCUGCGAAGCUUCCGGCACCCCUAAUCGAUGCAUUAGCUGGUGCUCUCGGCGAGGUGUCCCAGAUCCUCGUGUUAUACCCUCUUGACACCGUCAAGGUGCGAUGCCAGGCCUCUGGCGAGACUGCUGCCGUGGUGGUUCAGCGCCUGCUGCGGCGAGGCGUCAACCUGAAGCUCCUCGCCAAGCUAUACGCAGGAGCGCUGGGCGCAGCAGCGUGCGCGAUCCUGGUAGGCGCGGUACACUUGGCAAGCUACGAGGGAUCACGGAAGGUGCUGCUGAAGCUAACGGUUACACGUGGUUCGACCGGCGCAACUCCCACAGCGUCAGCAGCAGGAGCAGCAACGACAACAAACAGCAGCGAAGCGGCUUCUGUCGGCGAACCAAACUCCACCAGCGGUACGUCGCCACCACUUGCUUCCGUCUCUGCAGCUGCUCGUGGCUUCAUAGCCGACGACGACGGCCAGCUUGGCCGCGCGGCGGUAACCUUUGCCGCCGCUGCCUUCGCUGCUGCUGCCACCGCCCUCGUGGAAUCCCCCGUGGAGCUCUUCCGCCACAACGCCCAGGCGGGACUGGUGUCCCCAAAUUUCUUGCGGGAGAUGGCGGCCACCGUCCGCAAGGAGGGCGUUGGGGGCUUGUACUGGGGCUUCCUGCCGCAUUGCUUUGAGGCCUGGCCGCACGACAUCUCUGAACUCGCCACGUACGGGUUCAUGCGGGAGUUCCGCGAGGCCGCGCUGCGCCCCGGCUCGCAGCACCACGCGUGGAUGUCCAACCUGUCCAACCAGGUUUGGGACCUAGCCACCGGCGCCGCCUCGGGCGCUGCCGCAGUGGUGGUGUCCAUGCCGUUCGACACCGUGAAGACCUACCUGCAAACGCAUGGCACGGACUUAUCCGGACGCGGCCUGCUAGGCAGUGCGCGGCUGUUUGUGCAGUCGGGUCAGCGCAUCGUGUGCCGCAAGGGGCUGUCUGGACUGUAUGUGGGCGUCACUCCGCGGCUGCUGCAGCAGGUGCCCUCAGCGAUGGUGUGUUGGUGGUCAAUUGCGGCCUUCAAGCGCUUCAUGCAGCCUCACACCAUGCCGGAGGAGUGGCCUGGAGGAGCAGCGCACGUCGUGGCUGGGGCUGGGCAGGGGAACGGGUAAUUUUAUGACGCGGUGUUGGCGCAGGGCUUCGCUUUGGGCGCUUGUAGAAUGAGUGUGCAGCGGAGGGGAAGCAGAGAGUAGAAGGUGUGGGGUGUGCGGAGUGCAUGCGCUUGACGAGUGUUUAGGAAGAGUGUAUUAUAUUGUGUGAACGUAGUGUUUGUGGCAUGUUCCAUCGUGCGAGUGAGUGGUUUAUUGCGUUAAGUAAUCCGUUGUACGAUAUUGGGAGCUGUGCAAUGCCUCCCCAACAGUUAUGUUACGGGUGCGGUUUGCUCCGCAAGUCCCUAAUGACAAGUGAUACGCGAAGAGGACAAAGUAGCAGGAGAGCCAGGCUGCUAGGGAAUGUAGCUGUGUUAGCUUACAGAGGAGUCCACAUCGGAAAAAAAAAAGAGGAGGGUAGGGGCUUCUAGUGUGGAGGCGGAGUGCAGUUUAGUUUUCAUGGUUUACCCAUGCGGCUCCAUGUGUCUUACUUCUUUGCUGCUGCCUAGAAGUUUUAUGCAGCUGCCUAAAUGACGCCGGAAACUGUGGUGCCUUGUUGUCUGCCUGUGAUUUUAGCUCUUGUCGCGUCUGUUGCAUUCUUAGUUGCUGUGGGCAAUACAGCUACUGGAAGGUUGCGCACUGCGACAGCGGCCGAAACGCUAAGCUAGGCUCGAAGCGUUUUUUGCGUGGGUGCUGGAGCGGCUUUCAUUUCCUUGGCUAUGGGUCCUGCGUUUGUACGAGGAGUGUACGAAAAUGUUAUGCGUUUUCCCCGCCCCUACUGGCCAUGCCUAUGGGAGCGCUUGCUACGCUAUUACCUCAUGCCUUCACUCCGGAUUACGCUGUCCUACGUAGCUUACCGAGUGCCUGUUUGCAAGAUUGCUGACAGGCUUUUGGGAUGGACUGCCUGCGUGCGUGGUAUUAGCACGGUUGGGAUUUUGAGAUAUGUGUGGCUGUGUUUGUCGCAUGCGGUUGUAAGAUGAGUAUCUUCAGGGGUGGCAUUGUAUGUGCCGCAUGGCCUAUCGUGGCAUCUGGGCCGGCUUCUGCCCUGGAAACGGUGGUCGGCAACAGUUCGGGCAGGUUGGCUUUU